AUGUACCAUGAUCCCAAUGCGGGAAUGCCUCCUCCCGUGCCCGCCGCGGGCUACGCCUACGGCGUGGCUCCUGCAGUUGGACAGCCUGCGCAGUACAUCUACAAGGGCCAGCGGUAUGGUGACCUGAAGCAACUCCAAGCAGCGAUGCAAAGCUCACCACUGCCCACAGCCAAGAGCUCCUGGGUGCAGCUACUCAGAGACAAGGUCGCCUUGGAGAAGAAGGUCAAAGAGCUCUUUCACCAGUACUCUGGCGCGGAUCGGAAGCUGCAGCCGCACGAGGUGCGCUCGGCGGAUGCGGAGGUCCACGGCCUUGCUUUCUCCCUUGGGGCACAGCUUGGCAUUGACCCCACGGCCUUUGGUGACAUCCAGGUGCUGUUCCAUCGUUACGACUUCUCGGGAGACGGGGAGCUGGAUGAAUCCGAGGCCUUGCACUUGAUCACACACAUGCUACGCGUCUUCCGGGAUGGCCUGCAAAGGCAGCAGCAGCAGUCCCAGGCUUUGCCCAUGCAGCCCGUUCCAGACUUCUCUGCAGAGUCGAUCCCUUUCAAGCAGCUGGACCAGGCAUUUGUCCUCCAGAAGAAGCUGGGACAGGGCGGCCAAGGCGCCGUGUAUCUGGCCACGGAUCGGAGCAGCAAGCUGAAGAGAGUGGUCAAGUUCUACAACAAGAGUUGCGCGAAUGCACCGGUGGAGGACAUCGUGGAGGAGUUCAACCUCCUCACAUCUCUGGACCAUCCGAAGAUCGCCCGGCUCUAUGAAGUCUUUCAGGACCACGUGUACAUCUACGUGGUGAGCGAGCCCUACUUCGGCGGCGACCUCACCACCUGCGCUCAGAAGGCCACCGAGCGCGGCGUUGCGCUCAACCAGAGUUGGCUGGCCGGUAUCCUGAAGCAGAUUUGUGCAACCCGGCUGCAGGAGAGGAACGUGGUGGUCAUCGACUUCGGCCUGGCCAGGGACUUCCGGAAGGGCAGUUCCGGCGUGAUGGGCACACCUGGAUACAUGCCACCCGAGGAUAGAUUCGUGAUGAUGAGUGUCUUCAGAAUUAAUGCUCUCCAGGGCUUGCGGGAGUAUGUCCGGUUCAUUUUCUCGUCCCAAAGGCGGCGUGCCUUUGAAGGGCAGACGGUGCAGCAGCUGCAGGUCUUGGUCUACAUCCUAUCAGAAGACCGGCCGAUGGUCAGCCAGGAUGCGAGCAGCCCGGUCUCCAAAGAGGCGAUCGCAGACCUUGGCCAGUUCAAGCCCAUGCCGCCGUCUGAUUCCAGAAUCACCAUCUUGGAAGUCUCAUUCGGCACUGGUCGCUUCUUUGCUUGCUGGACGACGCAGCUGGCUCCGACCAUUUGGCUUGAGCCGCUUCUGUACUUCCUGCGUGAUCCGUCUCGCCUGAUCUGCCUCCGACUCGUGAGUUCGUCGGAGCUGGGCCGGGUGGCCUACAACGUGCUGGAUCAGUCCACGGCGUGCACCUGGAUGUGCUCCAGACUGAAGAUGGUUCUUCAGUCUGGAGCACAUCCAGGGGAUAUCGUGCGGGUUGACACCUACCAGGACGACUGCCCCAUUCUGGUGCGGCUCCACUCUAAGCGCAUCUGGCAAUCAGAGACCGGCUCCGCAGCCUCUUGGUUUAAGAGCUUCGACGGCAUAGUGCUGAGUGCUGUGGGCAUCGGGUCGAACAAAGAGACAAGAGACAGGGCGGUGCACCUCUCCCUGGCGACAGCGCUGACCCUGGAGCUUCCCUGCCGACAGGCCCGACAGAUCAAAGAGCGCACUGAUGAAGAGCUGCCUCCGCCGCCUCCGCUGCCUCCGACUUCCACGAACGAGGAGUGUUAUGAUUUCGCCAGGCAGUUCAUGGUCUUCCACGAGAACCCGAAUCUCUGGUUUAGCGUGGGCCGCAUCGGUGGCGAGAACGGAAAGCUUGGCGAGCUCCUCUCGUCUGAGUGGUUGGCUCCGGCACUGCAGGGUUGUCGCUUUCUAGCCCAGUUCACCCGAAAUGUGGAAGACGCGGAUCAUCUUCGAAUAACAGGGAAUCAGGCACAGCUGGACGCCGACCACAGCGGGGUGGUCACGGAGCCUGAAGCCCGAAAGGACAGCGAGUCGGGGGCUGUUGGCUCCAGUGGCACCCUGACGUACAGCCGGUUCAUGGCAGAGAUGAUCUCGGCGAAGAAGGUCGAGGAGUGUCUGAACUCAUGCGACAGCUUCUACGAAGAAGGAAGAAGGAUACCGUUCGGCCCUCACAUGUUGGGAAUCAGCUUCCUGAAGGGCCUGGGCUGUUUGGUUGCGCACAGGCUGAGAAUGACGAAGUUCUGUGGCUUGGCUUGCGAGCCUGAGAACCUCCGAGGUCCGAGGUGGCGAAUUUUUAAAGAGCUGGAUGCAGACAACAGCAACAGUCUGGACGCCAACGAGAUCAAGGUAACAUUCUGGGACUUCAAGCGAGCGCUGGAGAUGAUGGACAUGACCCGGAGCCGGGCUGCAUCUUCUGGGGCUCGUACGCCGCUGUAUGCCGAGGGGGACAAGGUCCAGUACUUCUCCGCCACAUACGCCCAGUGGAUGGACACGAUGAUUACGGCCGUGGCGGCCGCGGUGGGAAAGAUCACGGAGUUUGUACCCCAGGGCCGGGGAGCUCGGGUUUCGCUGGGUCUGAUCAGGCUUCGAGCUGAGAAUCCGGGAAAGAUUGUGUUGAAACGUCUCCUUGGCAGCCCUUCGCAUCGAGCCCUGGUGCCCGCGAUGCUACGGGAGCCAGGGCACCGAGACCGACAGGGACACGAGAUCGCCAAAAAGGUGGCGCUGCAAGUGGGGACCGUUUUGCGGGCUCUUCACACGGAAUGUGUCUAA